ACCCCAGGUUCCCGGUGGCCGAGGAAGUGGGCGCUCUCUGUUCUCCCUUGGGAGCAGGGAAGGUGGGGCCAGGUUGUGGCCACCGCGUGUAGAGACCGCUUUUCUCAGCCACGGGACGCGCGACGUUAGCUAGGGAGAAGCCAGAAGCGCCAUUGUGAUGCAGCGGGAUGGGUGGAGCCAUCAAGUCUCAAUUUAGAUUCCUCUGCUUUUAGGCGCGCCCAUUUCAGUUUGCUAAACCCUGGUGUGAAGCGGGACAGGCCAGGGCAAGAGGUGGCCAGCCACACCCCGCAGGGCGCGCACUUGGCGGGCUGCAGACCCCACAGGCAGACGCCGAGAUGCGCAAUCCGAGGCUCCUGAGCGCUGCCCACCUUCUCAGCGUGUGCGUGGUCGCGGUGGCCGCCCACGGGUCCCGCUUUCUGGUGACAGUCCCAGGAAUCAUCAGACCCGGAGCAAAUAUGACUAUUGGGGUGGAACUCCUGCAAAAUAGCCCCCCACAGGUCCUUGUAAAGGCUCGGGUGCUCAAGAUAGCUUCCAACCGAUCGACCACUGUCCUGGAAGCAGAAGGAGUCUUUAACAGAGGGCAUUUCGGAAUUCUUGUUCUUCCGGCACUCCCUCUGCACAAGGCAAACAAGAUUUAUGAACUACACAUAAGCGGAAAAUCGGAGACUGAGAUCGUAUUCUCCAACCGGACACGGUUAACAUUUGACAGCAAGAGGAUCUCUGUCUUCAUUCAGACAGAUAAGGUGAUCUACAAGCCGAAGCAGGAAGUGAAGUUUCGAGUGCUUACACUCUUCUCAGAUCUCAAGCCUUACAAGACGCCCGUGGACAUUUACAUUAAGGAUCCAAAGUCUAAUUUGAUCCAACAGUGGCUUUCUCAGGAAGGUGAACUUGGAGUUGUUUCCAAAACUUUUCAACUAUCCUCUCAUCCAAUACUUGGUGACUGGUCCAUUCAGGUUCAAGUGAUUGAUCAGUUGUAUUACCAGUCAUUUCAGGUCCUAGACUAUGUGUUACCGAAGUUUGAAGUUACUCUGCAGACUCCGCUGUAUUGUUCUUUGAAGGCUAAGUAUUUACGUGGUAACGUCACAGCGAAGUAUACAUACGGGAAGCCAGUGAAGGGGAGUCUGUCACUUACAUUUAUACCUUUAUCUUUUUGGGGAAAGAAGAAAAAUAUCACAAAAAAUUUUGAGAUAAAUGGAUUCACAAACUUCGCUUUUGAUGCUGAUGAGAUGAAAAAGGUAAUGAAUUUGAAAAAGGCAACGGAGAUCUCGGACGGGAAUUAUGAUCAGGUGGACCCAGUCUUCCCUGGGCCCGUAGAGAUCGUAGCUACGGUGACCGAGUCGCUCACAGGUACCUCAAGAAAGGCAAGUACCAAUGUGUUUUUCAAGCAACAUGACUACGUCAUUGAGAUUUUUGAUUAUACUACUGUCUUGAAGCCAACGCUCAACUUCACAGCCACUGUGAAGAUCAGUCGGUCUGAUGGCAAGCAGCUGACUCCUGAAGAAAUGGAAAACGAUUUAGUCACAGUAGUGACCCAGAAGAAAAAUGACAACCCCACGAGAGAGAAAGCGCAGGGCACGGAUUAUAUCCAGAUGACAGAAUAUUCUGUCCCCCACAAUGGAGUCGUUAAGGUUGAAUUCCCAAUCAUGUCCGAUUCCAGUGAGCUCCAACUAAAGGCUUCUUUUCUCGAUAGUGCAAGUUCUGUGGCCGUUCACAGCGUGUUCACCUCUCCAAGUAAUACGUACAUCCAGCUUAAAACCAGAGAUGAACAUAUCACGGUGGGAUCACCUUUUAAUUUGACGGUUAGUGGCAACCAGAAAUUCAAGGAAAUAAGCUAUAUGGUAAUAUCAAAGGGACAGUUGGUGGCUGUAGGCAAACAAAGUUCAAGAACUUUUUCUUUAACACCGGAAGCUUCCUGGGCCCCAAAGGCCUGUAUAAUUGUAUAUUAUAUCGAACAGGAUGGGGAAGUCAUAAGCGAUAUUCUGAAAAUCCCCGUUCAGCUUGACUUUAAAAAUAAGAUAAAGCUGUCUUGGAGUAAACCUAGAGUCAAGCCAUCUGAUAAAGUCUCUCUCAGGAUCUCUGUAACACAGUCGUACUCCCUGGUUGGGAUUGUAGCUGUUGACAAAAGUGUGAAACUGAUAGGAAACUCCAAUGAUAUUACAAUGGAAAAUGUGGUCCAUGAACUGGAGCUUUAUAACACAGAAUAUUAUCUAGGCAUGUUCCUGAACUCCUUCGCCGUAUUUCAGGAAUGUGGUCUCUGGGUGUUGACAGAUGCAAACCUUGUAAGAGAUAACAUUGAUGAAGUUUACGACACUCAAGAGUAUUCCGAGCGCUUUGCGGAGGAGAACGAGGCAAACCUGGUUGAUUUUGAAGACACUUCGUCAGCUAGCAAUUCACAUGUCAGGAAGCAUUUUCCAGAAUCAUGGAUUUGGCUAGACUUCUACAUGGGAUCUAAGAAUCACGAAGAGUAUGAAGUUACUGUGCCUGAUUCCAUCACUUCUUGGGUGGCUUCUGCUUUUGUCAUCUCUGAAGACUUGGGUUUUGGGCUAACAGCCACUCCAGCAGAGCUGCACGCCUUCCAACCGUUUUUCAUUUCCCUGAAUCUUCCCUACUCUGUUAUCAGAGGUGAAGAGUUUGCUUUGGAAGUAUCCAUAGUCAAUUAUUUGAAAGAUACCACCAAGGUUGUGGUACUUAUUGAGGAAAGUGACAGCUUUGAUAUUUUAAUGUUUUCAAAUGACAUCAAUAACACCAUCUACCGGAAGACUGCUCUAGUUCCCAGAGAGAACUCGGUCACUCUUGUUUUUCCUAUUAAGCCAACGCACUUGGGAAAUGUUCCCAUCACAGUGACAGCUGCCUCACCCACUUCCUCUGAUGUUGUCACCAGGACCAUUGUAGUAAAGCCUGAAGGGGUAGCAAAGUCGUAUUCGCAGUCUGUCUUACUGGAACUGAUUGACAAAAAACAGCAAACUGAACCGAAAUCUUUGAGUUUCUCGUUUCCUCCUGAUACGAUCAGUGGCAGUGAAAGAAUUCAGAUCACAGCAAUUGGAGAUAUUCUUGGUUCUUCCAUCAAUGGCUUAUCCUCACUGAUACGGCUGCCUUAUGGAUGUGGUGAACAGAACAUGGUUUAUUUGGCUCCAAAUGUUUACAUUUUGGAUUAUCUCACUAAACAGAAACAGCUGACAGUUAAUCUAAAAGAAAAGGCCCUUUCAUUUAUGAGGCAAGGUUACCAAAGGGAGCUUCUCUAUCAGAGGGAAGAUGGCUCCUUCAGUGCUUUCGGGAAUAGUGACUCUUCUGGGAGCACUUGGCUGUCGGCAUUUGUUUUAAGAUGUUUUAUGGAAGCUGCUCAGUAUAUAGAUAUUGAUCAGGAUGUGUUACACAGAACAUAUUCUUGGCUCGAAGCACAUAAGAAAACCAACGGUGAAUUUUGGGAGCCAGGAAGAGUGAUCCACAUUGAACUUCAAGGUGGCAACAAAAGUCCAAUAACACUUACAGCCUAUGUUGUGACUUCUCUCCUGGGAUACAAAAAGUAUCAGCCCAACAUCGAGAUACAGGACUCUAUCAAGUUUUUGGAAAAUGAAUUCAACAGAGGAAUUUCAGACAAUUAUACCUUAGCACUUGUAACCUAUGCCCUGUCUGCAGUGGGGAGUCCUAAAGCAGAGGAGGCCUUGACCAUGCUGACUCAGCAAGCAGAAAAGGAAGGAGACACACAGUUCUGGUUGUCAUCGACAUCUGAGUCCUCUGAGUCCUGGCAGUCGCUCUCCGCGCAGAUUGAAAUCGCUGCUUAUGCGUUGCUCGCACACACGCAGCACCAUGUUCCUGAGGGAAUCCCAAUUAUGAAGUGGCUUAUUAAGCAAAGAAACAGUCUGGGAGGUUUUGUAUCUACUCAGGAUACUGUCAUGGCCUUGAAGGCGCUAUCUGAAUUUUCAGCCCUUGUGUAUAAAGAAAACAGAGAUAUGCAAGUGACCAUCAAAGGGCCCAACGUACCGAAACCCAUACGGUUCUGGAUUGACUCACAGAACCUCUUUAAGCUUCACAAGGAAGAGCUUGCCCCGCUAGAUCCCAUUGCAGUCAAUGUUUCUGCACAUGGUUCGGGAUUCGCUAUUUGCCAGCUUAAUGUUGAUUAUAACGUGAAAGCUUCAAGUUCUUUUAAGAGACGGAGAUCUAUGGAAAAUCCAAUCGGUUUUGAUUUAGACGUCGACGUGAAUGAUGAGCAUGACCUCAGAUACAUGAAACUGAAUGUGUGCACAAGUCAUUUAGGCCCAGGAAGGACUGGCAUGGCCCUUCUGGAGGUGAACCUUCUCAGUGGAUUUACUGCAACUUCAGAUUCAAUUCCUCUCAGUGAGAUACUGAAGAAAGUGGAAUAUGAACCCGGGAAGCUCAACCUUUAUUUAGAUCAUGUAAAUGAAACCCAGUUUUGUGUUAAAAUUCCUACUGUGAGAGACUUCAAAGUUUCAAAUAUUCGAGAUGGUUUGGUAUCUAUAGUGGAUUACUAUGAACCAAGUAGACAGGCUGUGAGAAGCUACAACACCCAGAUGAAGCUGUCCUCAUGUUACCUCAGUGCUGACCCCAACUGCAGAUCAUAUAUGGACAGAGCCACGGACUCCCUUCGCCAUUCUUCGAGCCUUCUCGUCCUUUGUUCCACCCUUCUGUACUUUGUACAACAUUGAUUAUGAUUUAUUUUUCAAGGACUCCAUCUAAAACUAGCAUUUCCAGAAAGUCAAGUGUGAUUGCUUUCUUUCUACAGCUGAUGAUUGCCUCUGACAGUUCUGAAAACCAAUCGUUUCCCUUUCUUGGGGGGGACCUGGGGGAAAGUCUGUGAUAGGCCGGAGCUUGUGUUAGCAUGUAAAACAAUUCACCCAAUCUUUGUGUGGAAGAUGGCCAGAAUGAGGACACUGUGUCUCUCUUCAUUUCCCCUUCUCUAAGAAAGUUUAUUAGACGCAUUUGUUUUCUCUAGAAUAAAAGUGUUAUUUUCCAUUA